UUCAACUGCCCCGUUACUUGGUCGUUUCCCCCUUUACCCAGCUCAUAAAUCUCAUUAUUUCACUUUUCUACAAACUUUACUAAUGAUUGACACUGCAUCUCCCCGCGCUGUUCCUGGUGCUCCUGCAUCAUCUUCUCUCUCCAAAUCCCAGCUCAAAAAAAUGCGUAAAGCAAUGGCAAAAACAGACGAAUCGGUCCCAGAAACCCCGGUAGAAAUUCCGGACCCUACAGCAUCUGCUCUCAUUGAGAAAGCACCGGUACCCUCCGACAUUCAAGAGGGCUCCGUUGCUCCAGAGCUUGUAGCUCAACAAUCUUCACAGGAGCAAGAUACUUCAAAAGCGAGUCCACUCGUCGAGCUCAUAAAUAAGCGUUUGAAGGCUUCGAAUAAGAAAAUUACACGCAUAUCCUCCUAUGCAACCGCAGACCACGACACUUUGAAUGACGACCAAAAACGUAGCCUCAAAACUCUUCCUACUCUGGAAGCCAUCGUCAAGGAAUUGAGCGAAGUUAAAAAGAUAAUCGAGGUCUAUGAAGUGGAGCAUGCAAAAGACCUACUUCAAAAACAUCAGGAGAUAGAAGCUCUUGAAAGGAAAAAAAUAUCACAGACGGUUGCACAAGCUCAGAGCGCCCACAUCAACUUGACUUCGGAUAUACUUUUGUUCAUCCGAGUCCGGAACGAAAUCUGUGCCGGGGAUCGUGACCCUUUCUCUUACGGACUCAGCCAACGUGAGGUGGAAGUUAUCAAUGCCGUUGGUGCCGUUUUACUUGGAAAUGAUACGGAAAGCAAGUGUGCAGUAAUCCAGGGUUUCUUUUCUAUAGAAGGAAGUUUCGAAGAGAUUUCCUACGAACGAUUAUUGGACAUCGCGCGGCAGGUGAUUGCAUCGCGACCGCGACCUCCCUCGCCGGCACAUGUCGCGCCAGAAGAAUCAUCGAUUGUCGCGAGUGAAGUAUCUGUAGCCAACGAUGCUCCCGUUUCGAAAUCGAGCGGCCUCCAUUUCCUCCAAGAGAGUGAAAUAGAGACUACUUCUUUUGAUCAAAAUACAGAAGGGGUGGAACACCCAAUCCCUUCAGAACAACAACCCGAAAAUGCGGAUCAACAGAAUGGGCACGCAGAUGCAGAAGCUGCGGCUCCUCCUGGUGAACCUAUCGAUUGGGCGGCAGAAGGCGAAGACGACCUCCCUUCCAUAGACGGACUACAUGCCACGUUCGGAAAAUCGGGAACGGUCACCCCGGAUGUUCAAGCAGAACCGAUGUCGCAACCACCUGCAUCCGAACCUAAUGGACUCCCUGGAAGCGAAACCGUUCUGCCUGCAGACGAGGAUGGCUUUACACAGGCAAGAGGUGGACGUGCACGAGAUCGCGCCUUCAGAGGUGGCGAACGCGGAGCUUUCCGUGAUUCACGUGGCAGUGACAGAGGUGGCUUCAGAGGUGGUCGAGGUUACCGCGGUAGUUUUCGAGGAGGUCGUGGCCGUGGUGACUGGAGGGGCGAUAGUGAAUAUCGUGGUAGGGGUGGCCGUGGUCGGAGGGGUGAUAGAGGCGGCGCAUCACACACCCCGCCCGCUGCUCCCUAAGGCAAAUUUCUUGUAGGUAAUCAAAAUAACUUUCUAGGCGUUUCUUUACUGUCUCUCUACCCAUAAUCCUGUCUUGUACCCCACAUUACCUUAGCUGUAUUUCUUCUCGCGUCGAUUUUACCAAAAAAUCUGCUCUGCAGAAGUAUGUAGUGAAUUUAGGAAAUUCAGGCAGUAAAUCGGC